UCGCCAAUUUCCAUCAUGAGCCUAAUCGCAGGCUCCUACGAGAAAUUCAUAUGGGGCUUCAAGCUCAGACCCCUAAACCCUAGCCCCGAUUCCCAAUCACUAACCCUAACCCCUCUCUUCUCCUACCCCUCCCACCUCUCCUCAAUCACCACCGUCGCCACCGCCGGCUCAGCCGCUGCCUCCGGCGGCACCGAUGACACCAUUCACCUCUACGACAUGUCCUCCGCCACCUCCCUCGGCUCCCUCCACGACCACUCCGCCACCGUCACCUCCCUCUCCUUCUUCACCCCUCCCCACCUCUCCUUCCCCCUCAACCUCAUCUCCGCCGACGCCGACGGGUCCCUCUGCAUCUACGAGGCCGACCCUUUCGUCCUCCUCAAGAGCCUCAAGCCGCACCGGAAGGCCAUCAACGACGUGUCGUUGCACCCGUCCGGGAAGCUGGCGUUGACGGUGGGGAAAGACGAGUGCUUGGCGAUGAUUAAUUUGGUGAGGGGGAAGAGGAGUUUCUAUUGCAGAGUGGCGAAGGAGGCAAGCUUGGUGAGGUAUGAUUGCUCUGGAGAGAAGUUCUAUAUGGCUAUGGAGGAGAAGGUGAUGGUUCAUGAGGCUGAAGAUGCUAAGUUGCUUUGCGAAUUCGAGAAUUCGAAGCGGGUUCUUUGUGUUGAGCCCGGUGAGAAUGGAGUUUUAUUUACUGGUGGUGAAGAUCGGAGUAUUACAGCGUGGGACACAAACAGUGGGAAGGUUGCAUAUCGCAUUGAGGAUGCACAUUCUACCCGUGUGAAGGGAAUUGUUACGCUUACAAGCAAAGCUGGUGCUGUAGCCAAUGAGGAUCCCUAUCUUGUGGCAUCGGCCUCGUCAGAUGGGGUUAUACGUGUUUGGGAUGUUCGCAUGGCUGUUAAUGAGAAGCCAAAUCCAUUGGCCGAGGCUAAUACAAAAUCAAGGCUUACUUGUCUGGCUGGGUCAUCUCUUAAAUCUUUCAAACGGCCACAGGUUGGAAAAAGCGUUCAAGAAGAGAAGCAUGAUGCAGAAACAUAAGGUGUAUAAGUUAUAACCAAAUCAAAAUAGCUUCCUAUGUGUGUGCCUGUGUGGUUCUUGCCAUUGCUAAGAAACCGGAAAUGGAGAUUUGUUACCCGAAGUGGCUGUGCUUGGUCCAACAUAUCAAUUUUGUCUUAGAACUUGUUUGUAUCAAUGUUCAAGUAUUUAUCCGUGAAACUUCUGUGCAUCA